UUAUGUAUGCAGCUAUCUUUUCAGUUUACUAUUAGCAUGGCUACAUCAAAAAAGAAAACAAGAAAGCUAAGAGGACACGUAUCUCACGGACAUGGGCGCAUUGGAAAGCAUCGAAAGCAUCCAGGUGGUCGUGGUAACGCUGGUGGACAACAUCACCAUCGUAUAAAUUUUGACAAGUACCAUCCGGGUUACUUUGGAAAGGUUGGUAUGCGCAAUUUCCACUUGAGGCGUAAUCGGUUGUACUGUCCAACAGUAAACAUUGACAAGAUAUGGUCACUUGUACCUGAGAAUCUGCGUAAAAGUUUCUCUGAUAGGAAGGAUAAAGCCCCAGUAAUUGAUGUUGUUCGAGCUGGUUAUUUCAAAGUACUUGGCAAGGGUUUACUACCUAAGCAACCUGUAAUAGUGAAAGCAAAGUUUUUCUCUCAUGAAGCAGAACGGAAAAUCAAGGCAGUAGGAGGAGCAUGUGUAUUGGUUGCUUGA